AUGCAAUCGUUUGGCCGAGAACAUCAACUUCCAACCUCCGCAUCCUCCCCGAACGCAUUGCGCACCAGUCAAUUCCCGCUCGGCUCAAUCCUCCCGUGCAAUCCUCCCAUCAGUAUUCUUUCUAUCCUUCUAAAAUGGCAAUGCACACCUCUCCUCCGCCGCACCGCGGCCACAAUAACCAACUCAACAACUACUAUCCUCCCAAGACUCCCAACCCAACCCACGGCAACAACCUUCAUCUGCUCUCAAUGUCGACACGCCACCCUUCUCCGCCGUCCUAAGCGCCCCUACACCUUCACACAAUUGAUCACUCUCAGCGAUGGCAGCACAUUCACGCACCGCACGACCUCCCCGGCCCCCAUCUACCGCUCCACACGCGACACACGCAACUCGCUCCUGUGGAACCCCUCCAGCAGCAAGCUGAUGAAUGUCGAAGACGAUGAGGCCGGUCGUCUGGCCGCUUUCCGUGCCCGUUUCGGUCGCGGGUACGAUGUCAACACGCCCGCUGAGCCGGUCGAUCCCAAGGAUGCCGCUGCGGUCAAGGAGAAGGAGGCUGCUGCCAAGGCCCAGGCUGAUGCUGAGCAGGAGGAAGAAGAUAAUCUGCUUGAUUUGAUUAGCUCUUUCGGUCAGAAUGAGGCUCCUCCGCCUGAGAAGAAGCCUUUCAAGAAAUAG